CUCGGAUCCCUUAUUGUUGUUCUUUUGUUUGUUUUUCAUAGGCAUUUCCGAUGAUGAACGAAUGCACUGAUGAGUUUCUGGAGAUACUGGACAAGACUGUAGGGGAUCGCAAAGGCGUGGAUAUCAGCAUACGCUUCUGCAGACUUUCCACGGAGAUCCUCUUGCGUUUUACGAUGGGGACUGGGCUAGGUUUUCAGGCGGCUUCCGAACAAUCCGAAGACGUUCUGCAUCGUGUCCGGGCCGCUAUUAGAGGGCCUGACCACAACUGGAUCCUGUAUUCGAACGUCAUCCCGUUAUGGCUCUGGAUAAAAAAAGUGUUCUUCUAUGUGCAAGGAUGCAUAAUGGUAAAAAAUACCAGAAUCUUUCAUAGACACAUCGCAGGGCUGGUGCGCCUACGUAAAGAGAAAAAACAGUCAGGGAAUGAUGAUUUGCUCCAGCUGUUGCUGAACGCCGAGGAACAAAGCGACGCAGAGACGAAGCCUAAUCGCACGAAUCAUUCGAAUGGUGCUGAUCCCUCGGCAAAUUGGAAAACAAAUAUGCUUGAAAUUGUAGCUUUCAGCGCACCAGGCCCGUAG